GUCACAAUCCAAUUUAGCUGGAUUUACUGGGUGUAGGUACGGCGUACACACUCUUGGCUCUGGGCGCAAGCCAUUUCCCGCACAGCCUGACAACACAGCCUCGCUGGGCCGCCUCUUCUACAACACAAGUGGACUGCAGGACAAAAUCCUGACGAGACAUUAUGUUUGUUUGUUAGAUGCUAACAAUGGAAUCAAUUAGUACCUCAUCUAAGCAGUAUGCGCGUGCUAUCCGUCAAAGGUUCCUCGGCAGCUCAAACAAGGCGCUCUACUCGAAUCGACUUUCCGAUAACGACAUUCGCCUGCUCACAAUCUUGCCUUCGCACAACGUCGAUGCUCCCAUAGUAUGCCAUUUACGCCAACACGAGGUUUCGACAGCCCCUGCUUACGAAGGACUUUCGUAUGUAUGGGGCGAUCCUAAAGAUGUCGUCCCGGUCAGCUGUAACGGAAUCAAUGUCAAGAUCACCAAAAGCCUUCGCACAGCUCUGUGGAGAAUACGCGAUACCGAGGAGCCACGAAUUAUAUGGGCCGAUGCUUUAUGUAUGAACCAACGCGAUGUUGAAGAGAAGAACAUCCAUGUACCACUCAUGGGUCGAGUGUUUUCCAGGGCUACCAACACCGUUAUCCACCUAGGCGAAGCAAAGCAAAGCGAAGCACUGGAAGCCAAAGAAGGGCUCGAGGUAAUCGCGAAUUCCAUGGAAGACUUUAGGAUACGAUCGAAUCUACCAGUCGAUGACAAUCAAGCGUUCUACGAGUCGAUAGUGGUGACACUGCCCGAACUGUCGCGUCCUACUUUCUCACCAGACGCUAUCAAGAAUUUGUUUGGAGCAAAGUGGUUCUCACGCACAUGGUGUGUCCAAGAAAUCAUGCUGGCUCGCGAUUCGGCACUCGAUUCAUACGCAAUAUACGGCCACGUUCGUGUCCCGUACCGACUUAUUGCCAAGGUCUCCCUGUUUCUCAUUGUUGCAUCAAAGCUCAACAUUCCAUUUGCUCAAGAGUUAGGCCUCUCGGAUUCUGUUGCUGCCAUCGAGCUUGAGGAGCGCAGUAAUCAGGCAGGUCGAAAUUUACUCCAAAUCUUGGAUGCUUUCUGUGAGCAUCAGUCUUCUGACCCACGCGAUAAAGUCUAUGGACUUCUCGGUAUACUUCGCCAACGCUCUGCAUACAAUCCGGAAGCCAUCAGCGUGGACUACUCAAAGUCGGUUGCACAAGUGUAUACUGACACGGCUCUUGAGAUCCUUCGUACUAAUAAUAAUCUGGAAGUCUUGGACCACGUUGCAAAUGCGGAAGAUUCUGAGCCCGACACUGAAUUCCCGACAUGGGUACCAAGAUGGGACCUGCCGCGAGGCUGGGUCUUAUUUUUAGACGACGACAUGGACAGCUUCAGAAGCACAUGUUCCGCCGUACUAAGAACCGACAAUCAAGUCCCGAAUAGCUGGUCGGUGCAGGGUAAUCGACUUCUAGUCUCCGGGUGCAGGUAUGGCCAGGUCUCCAGUGUUCUGUCCUUAAAAGGUACAGAACAGGAAGCCACAAUCUCAGAGCUCUGGAGAGAUACACAGGCAUCUAGAAUGUCUUGCUUCGACAGCCAAGAGGAGCUUUUCGCGAUGGCUCGGACUUUUGCAGUCGGCCAAAUUAGACACGGCCUCCAUUUCGACACAGCCAACGAUGAGCAGAAGGAGAUGUUCAUGGCAGAUUUCCUUGCCUUCAUUCAUCACUUUGUGCCUCGAUGCUCGCCUAAAUGUCCUGGCGCAUCUGAAGACAGCUGCUACACUAUCGAUGCCAAUGGCACGAGACGGGCUGGGUCAGCAGAGAGAUACGCCUCCAUUUUCCAAUAUAGCUGCUCAAGACGAAAAUUAUUCCAAACCACACAAGAGGCAUUCGGUGUCGGCCCUGAUUACUUGCACGCAGGCGACCUCAUCGUGGGACUUAUCGGUGGAUCCUCCCCUUUCGCUCUCCGACCUCAAGGUGACAACUACCUCAUGAUUGGCUCUGUAUACAUAGACAUGCUUAUGGAUGGCAAAGUCUUCAGAAGAUUGCUUGAUGACGGAAUGAAGGAGAGAUUCACGCUGAUAUGAAUGACCAGACUUUGACUUAGAGUCCGAGGAGACCUCCAAGGAAUA